GGGAACACCAGCCCCCAGCGCCUGGGGCUGUAUUUAGAGGGCACCCGGCAAACCCGGCGGCAGGGAGUCUGGGCGCUGGAUCCCUCCGGCCUGGGCACAGAACAGAAGGCGCAGCUCCCUGCUAGGAUCCAGCUGGCAUCUGCACCAGGACCUCUCCUGGAAACUCCCCAGCUGCCGUGGGCACACGCUGGAGCGGGCAGCACCCGGUGGCAGUCACAGGGCACCGUGGGCAAAGGCAGCAGCCAGGGAACCAGCCCCUAUCCGCCGACAGGAGCCCUGUGCUCGGCUGCAGACAGGUAACCCACGGGGCAGGGGAGUCUGGGGGUCGUGCUGGGGGCCAGAGCUGGAGGAGCUGGAGGAGCGGAGUCUGAAGGGAGGGUCAAAGCCCAACAGCAGCUUUGGGUGAGGGGUGCCCCUCAUCACACCAGCCAUGGCCACAGCCAGGGUUUUCAUCCCUCUCCUCCUCCUUGUGCUUGUGCCUGGGGUCUCUCCCUUCUGCCGCACAGGCACGGCUCAGGAGUGCAGGAGGAGCGUGGCCUUUGUGCCUGGGCACAGCCUGGUACGGGAGGGCAUCGACGUCACCACGCUGGGCUGGACGGGGAACUACCUGGUGGACACCAGCCUGUGGCGCGGCCCGAACGGCACCUGCACCUUGUGCCAGAACCCGCUGCAGGGGGGGCAGCUGCAGAGGGCGCCGCUGGCCGUGACGGACUGGAAGGUGAAUAUCUUGUGCAACCGGGAGCUCAGCACCUCGGUGCAGGAGUCGGCCGUGGCCGUGGCCCGGGCAAUGGCGUCCGAUGUGAACAACGACUGGAAGGUGGAACUGGAGCUACCGGGGGAGUCCAUGGGCCGGGCCCUGGAGGGGACCCGAUCCGAGCUCUCCGGCUUCGCCUACGAGAAGGAGCAGCAGGACAAGUUCAUGUUUGUGCUCCACGAGCUGCCCUGUGGGUAUUACAGACUGAGCGUUCCUCCAAACCCUCCUCUGAUGCCCGUCUUCUCCCAAGCCCUGAGUCGCCUUCCACCCACCUAUGACCCAUCCACAUACCGACCCUUCCUGGCCACGUACGGCACCCACUAUGUGAGCCAGGCAGUGCUGGGCGGGCGUGUGCGGCAGCUGACGGCCAUCCCGACCUGCCGGGCAGCGCUGGACGGGCUGACAGACGCUGAAAUCAAGGAGCGCCUGAGCUCUCAGUUCCUGCAAGCCCUGGGCUUGAGCCGAUUCCCCUCCCACUUCCGUGAGCCGAGCAGCCGGAGCAACUGGAGCUCCCAGGCGGCCUACACGGAUCACCGCACUGAGGUGACGGGGGGCCAUGGCCAUGCCAACCUGCUCUACUCCACCAAGCAAGACCCCAGGGCCCUCUCGGCCUGGCUGGAGAGCCUCAAAGCCAGCCCCGGCCUGAUCUCCUUCUCCCUGUCACCCAUCCACACCCUGGUGAGGCCGGGAGACCCCCGGCGGGAGGCGCUGAGGCAGGCAGUGAAGGAGUACGUGGCUGAGCGGGGGCAGAGGAGGUGCCCUCGACGGUGCCCACAAGGCGGCUACGCCGACCCCUUGGAGCCCUGCAAAUGCCGUUGCUCCGGAAACCCCUUCACCAACUCCAUGUGCUGCUCCCUGCAGCGGGGCCUGGCCCGGCUGAAGGUCCAUAUGAUGUGGGGCAGAGACCUGUGGGGGGACCCCACGUCCGCCAGCGAAAUCUACAUCAAGGUCUUCUUCCAAGGGCAGAAGCUGCAGACGGGCUACACUAGGAACAACAACAACCCCCAGUGGUUUGAAGACCUGAACUUCGGGGUGGUGACGCUGCCGGCGCAGCCCGAAUUGAAAAUGGAGGUGUGGGACAAAGACCCGUGGCCCUUGCCUGACGACCGGCUGGGAAACUGCCACACUCACCUCACGGCCGGCAGGAACGUGACUGAGACCUGCACCGUCUCGCCCGGCCUCGGGACGUAUUCCUACUCGCUGGAGUGCGGGCCCAACCUGGGCAGGGACACCUGCCAGGAGUACGUGCCCGUGAGGGGCUGAGACGGUGGAACCCGGCAGUCCAGCCGUCCAGCUUCUGCUCUCACCACUAGCCCCCGCUCCCUUCCCAGAGCCGGGGACUGAACGAGGUGUCCCCAUUCCGUUGCGGUUUUCAGUAGCUCUGGUUGUGCUGCCUGCACCGUGCAGCCCCUCCUUAACAGCAUCACGCUAAUAAAGGGGGCCCUGGCAUUGGUAUUGCACCA